AUGGCGGAGGUCGGUAUUGUGGUUGGAAGGGUAACAGCGUCGUGGGAGAACACUGUCCUUGAGCGGCCGCUGUACUCUCCCCCCACAGGCCUGGCCCUCAGCGGAACAGGGGAAAUCAUGGUGCUCAGUAAAACCGCGUCCUCACAGAACAGGGUGUCAGCAGGGAUUGUGGUCAUCGUCCCAGGCCACACACCACCGCUCCGCUGGAUCACAGGGCUCCGGACCAGGCCUCCUCCUCCGGGACAGCAGUCACUAAUCUCUCCCCCCUCGGCUACGGGAUAG